CGAAAACAACUAAAGGCAUGUUUUUCUCUGAGUGGAGACUCCACUCACUGACAGGACAGACAGUCAAACAUUCACUGUAUGUUGUUUGUUCAGAACACACACUGAAAGCCGAAAGCACACCUACACCUGACGGUGCACUUAGAGAGGGGUCUAACAGAAGUGUACUAAUAAUUGAGUUGAUGACUGGACUGUGAGGUACUUCGUGGAACACUAAAGAAAUCUUCCAAAUUAAUCACAAGGAACCAAGGACCUCUGUAGAUGGCAGAUGGUCUCUCCACCUUGUGACUUGUGGUGUCUUACUUUUACCAUGCUCAAUCUCAUCAAGCUACCUCAAGUGUUCAACAUCAACCAAGUUCCAAAGUCUCUGAAUAGGUCUUCCAUGAGGAUGGCAUCAUGUCUGGGUACCGCCACCCGUGCAGCUCUGCCAAAGACUGUGUACUUAGUCUUUUCCAGCUAACAAAUGAGACCCUCAAUAUCUGGACUCAUUUUCUGCCUACCUGGUUUUUCUUAUGGAAACUGCUGACGGUAGUGCUGGUGCAGGGUUACUGGCAGGAUCCAUUCACCUGGCCCCUACUGGUGUUCCUGCUGUCAUGCUGUGUGUACCCACUCGCGUCCAGCUGUGCUCACACCUUUAGCACUAUGUCGGAACAGGCCAGGCACAUUUGCUUCUUCUUUGAUUAUGGAGCACUCAGCUUCUACAGCCUUGGUUCUGCCAUUACCUACUCCUCAUACACAUUUCCAGAUAAAUGGAUUAAUAGCACUUUCCAUAAAUACUAUGUUCCUAUGGCUGUUGUCAACUCUGUUGUCUCCACUGCACUGGCCUGCUUCUCAAGAUCUUCAGGGAAAUUAGAUGAGAAAUUCUGCAAAUGUCUGCGGAUAAUGGCCUUUGUCUAUCCUUAUCUCUUUGACAAUAUCCCUCUCUUUUAUAGAAUUUUUGUGUGCGCUGGUGAGGGUUGUACUGUAAAUGAGGCCAAUACAGUUCACUACCAGCACACAGCACUGGCCGCUCUCACAAGUUUUCUUUUUGCCACACACCUGCCUGAACGGUUGUCUCCUGGCAGUUUUGACUACAUAGGUCACAGUCAUCAGCUUUUCCACGUGUUUGCUAUUUUUGGCACAUAUUUCCAGAUGACUGCUAUUGAACUGGACAUGGCUGCACGGAGGCAGUGGCUUCUUGCUCAUUUGCCACCAAUCACCCUUUCAAACACUGUAGGAGCUGCAUUCCUUUGUGCGGCCAGCAGUCUUUGUGUACUCUAUGUCUUCAGUAUGGCACUUUACUCCACCAGAGGCAUGAAACAAAUUAGUUAAAUAAUAAAAGUGACAAAUUAAUUUGAUUUUUAACUCGUGUCAGCCAAAUUAGUUUUCCCAAAAACUGAUUGAAAAUGUACUGUUUGUAUUGUAGCCAUACUGUAUAUGUCUAAUGGAAGCACUUGCUCAUGAACCGCUUUAGUUUUAUUGAAUCUGGAAGAGACAAAUAAGGGAACCCGUUGUAGACUGUAAAAUGUAUAAAUAGAUUGUCUAUUUGAUUCAUUGGUUUUGAUUGUUGUUCUUCAACAUUUGCACAAUGUUUUUGAUGCACAUGAAUCAGAUUUGAUUUUUUUUUAAAUUUUUUUUUUUACAUCAAUGCCUUUUUAUAAUCGAUCAUUUUGAACCCUGUGUAAAGUCAUGCUUAUAAAUUAAUAAAUGAUUGUCUGUUUGAAAUUUUUUUUGUAAAAAAUCAGAUUUUUUUUUCUACAUUACCUUUAUUUGCACAAUUUUGAAACAUUUCCAUGAUUUGAUGCACAUGAAUCAAGUUAUAUUUUUUACAUCAAUGGCUUUUAUAAUCAGCCUUGUUUAUU